CCUUCUUCGAAGUCUCCAGUACGCUCCCAGACGCAACCGGUUGUUUCCAGCGGCACGCUACUGUCGCCAUCAUCCUCUUCCCCCAUCUCUGAGGGUGGCGACAGCCAGUCUCCCCCGAAUCGCGUUCAUGUCCGUUCCAACUCAUUCACGCCACGGUUGCCUUCCAAGUUGGCGACAGGCAAGCUGGGGAAUCUCAUCCCACCGAGUCCAAGGCGGAAGAUGUCCGGAGCCUCUGAGGAGAGGGAACGUGCCCGGGAGGAAAUCGAGCCACCAGACGCCGCACACGACUCGGACUCGGACGAACAAGCUCCAGACGGGAAACGAACAUCAGAAAUUGUGUACCAAUCUGGCUUUAUCAACCGCUUACCUAGCUUCCAGCCAGCUCCUGUGUAUCACGAACAACACCCGCCGUUCGUGAGUGCAGGAGCAGUAGCUGGGUUCCUCGCGAAGGGCUGGAAACCGUACAAAGUGGUGCUCAAGGGCAGCAAACUGUACUUCUACAAACCGCCCAGUGAUAAAGCAGCGGCUGUAAAAGAGCUCUUCGUGGAGGGUGUCGUACCUAUGAUCGAAGAGGAGGAGGAAGGAGAAAGCCAGUCCGCUGACAAGGACAAGCUCGAUGCGACAGGGUCCGACGGUGGUGUUACAUUGGGAAGAAGAAAGCGGGCAUACUGGGGCAGGAAAACGCAUCCAGAUUUGACGCGUUCCGACGACGGUCGGAUUGAGAAGGGCACUCUGGAGGCCCUUGUCCAUGAGGCCGUAUUUGGCACCACCUUCUUGCCAGUACCGGAAGCACCGGAAGAGCGCACAGAAGAAAUUUCCGACAGUGAUUAUCGAGCAUUCGCGUCGGCCAUCAUCCUUAUACUUCCGUCCAUCGUCGGUCAGGCGAAGUUCGAGGUCGAGCUACUCCGCUGCUGCGACUACUUCAUCAGCGGAGCAGAUGAAAGCGAAAAACAAGCGGCAAAGGACAGGGUACAGUGGCUCUCGGGACGGUACUUGGAGGACCACGGCAAGCCAGCCGACCCGCUAUCUUGGGAGGAAUGGAGGAAGACCACUCUACCAGAAUCCAGUCCAUUAGACCCCUCAACUGGUUAUCCUUCAAAUGGCGAAAACCCGGACGCAGGCGGGGAGGGUUCGGGCACCGACUCGGACUCAGACUCGGAUUUGGACGAUGUGGUGUCGCCGAAUCUAGGCACCUUCUCUCCCCGACCUGUUGAAAGUGAUCGGAUGGUGUCUCUGGUAGAGAUACUCAAGGCUGGACCACCAGCCGAGAACAAACCGCCGCCAUCGAAGCCACGGCCUACACAGGUGUCCACUAGCGAUUCCAUUGGCAAAUCAUCGGGCGAUGGCCGUCGCGGUCGAUCAGCAUGGAAUCUGCUCGAACGGGACGGGCUUACACGCGAGGUCCUCCUGAUGCUGGAUCCUCACACUGUUUCCACAAGUCUCAAAGCAUUCCACCGCAAUUUGCUCCUGGAAAUUCCCCCUGGGAUCACCCUUGACUCCGUAUUAGCCGCCGAUGGCGCCGGAAAAUACCACCCGGGAGUGGCUACUGCUCACGACGGCGAUGGCGCGAUAGCAGUCAAAUCCGUUGCAGCAUUCUGCGGGACCAGCGAUCGGCCGCAAUGGCUCACGAGGCUGGUUGUGGAACAGGUUCUUGGCACUGAAGGCGCUGCAGGAACAAACCGCGGACCGGAUGGUGGCAAUCGCCCCUCACAAACAUCGCGUACUCAUAAAAGGUCGGAAGUCAUAUCGGCCUGGGCGCUCAUAGGAGAGGUGUGCAGGUUGAGCGGUGACGGGUGCUCCUGGAACGCUAUCCAAUCUGCAUUGACAUCUCGGCCUGUCGCGAGGCUCAGCAAGGCGUGGAAACGAGUGGAUGAGCAGGCAAGGGCUGUCGUCGAAUCCUGGGUCCACAUCCGUAACCAUAGCGAGACUGUCGCCGUCAAGGAGCCCAUCGCUACGCCCUGGGCCAGCGAUAUUCCCGUCAGAUUGAAAGGAUUGAUGGAAAGUGCUCGCAGCGACGAUCCCGAUGCUGCCUUCGCAGUGUCCCCAUUGCAAGAAGCAACCAAGAUUUUUGAGGAGCUCAGACAUCACUUCGAUCAUUGCCGUCAGAACAUCGCUCAGGAGGAUGAUACCGAUCAGACAGGCAACACGUCGAAGCUGGUUCGCUGUUGGCGACAAAUAUUCACCGGAGAAGGCGAGUUCUUUUUUUUCUUAAUUCAUGAUGAAUUAUUCACGUUGGCUUGUAGGAUUGACCAGUUCAUGUCUCUCUCUCUUGCUGCCGAACCGCGUCACAAGGGAUUGUAUGAACCGUGCUUCUGGACUCGUGCGACGUCGACGUCACAAUCACACCCCUUACUGCCCUUGCUUUUCCCGGAGCCGUUGCCGAUCGUACACCUCAUUGAUCGUGAAAUUCUUUUCCGCACUCGGACUGACAGCACAUCUGUCCCACUGGACGUGCAAGACUUUCCGCUUCUCGGAAGUUCGUCCGGUUCAGCCAGCCAUAUCCACCGGCGGAGUAUGGAUGCCCCUGGACUUGCUCCUCGUUCAAGCGUUGCAGGCUUGGAUCUUGGUGGUACCGUCAUAUCCUUGUUUGAUAAUGAAUUGGUUUUGGUGGUGCAAGCAGGACCAGACCCGGUCUCUCCAUCACGAGCUUCUUCUCGCCCGGCAUCGCGGCCAUCGUCUCGACCACCAAGCUCUGUAAUAGAGGGCGGAACGGCCGAUAAGCUGCUAGCUCGCGGUUCUUCGAUUCGAGUGAAGACAAGGACAUCGCAAGGCUUGGACCGCAAGCCCAGCUUGGCACGGAGGAGCUCACUUCCAUCCCUCUCUUCCCGCUUACCGACGAUAACUGCAGAGGUCUCCACGGAAUCUUCUGAACGGCCUCUCACUGUCCUAGUCAAGGCCGGGACUCUGGAUCGUCUGGUGACCAUCCUCAUCCAUGGAUUGGAGGGCGUGUCCCUUUCCGUCGCCGACGACAUCGGAGAAACGCCACUUCGAGACGGCAAGUCCCGCGAACUGCGAGUUGACCGUGACGAAUUUUCUGGGACCUGGUGGAACGUUUUUCGAAGCUUCGUAACCCCUCUUGUAUUCUUUGAGCUACUCCAGAAGCGAUACACGGCGCUCAGUUCGUCGACACAACAGGAUGAUGAGGCAUAUUUACGCUCUAUUCGCCGUCGGUCAAAUGUUCUCCACGUGGUGGAAGAAUGGAUCACUCGCGGAGGAGGGGCACAAGAUGUCCUAGACGACGACUCCCUCUUUACUGCCAUGCGAUCAUUCCUUGCAAGUCGAGCGGAUGAGGCUACAACCUCCGAGACCGAACACAGUGAGGCUGUACUCGAGCAACUUGAGCAGCUUAAGCGCACGAAGCAUGACAUAAUGGAAACAUUCGUCGCACAGACCAGGAGGCCUUCCCCCGCACCGAGGAUGGCAUCAGGCCAGCCUAAUCAUGUCCGCUCAGAUUCUCACAAUUAUGGGAGGGAUGUCCCGAAUUUAGAUAACCUUGACGCCGAGGAACUCGUCAAUAAUCUGGAUGCAAUGGCCGCUGCUGCAUUCCGCAUCGUUUCCGAAGAGGAUCUGUUCGUGACGGCAGACAUACUGGAAGUGCAGACCGCAGACCGCACUGCAUGGUUUAUGCCGUACGAACCGAAUACAUUCACAGAAGAUAUAGACGUGCAGACCAUACAUGCACAUCUCUCUUCUGUGGAGCCCUCCCCAAUGAUAUCCGAAUCGGGCGAGGAAACCCUCCAUCGUGUACUGCCUCCCGGCAUACGCAGCUGUGUCAGAGCCCAUAUAAUCUUGCGAAAAUGGCUCAUCGCUCUCAUAGCCGAACCAGGUGUCGGCUUGGGCCGGCGGCAGGCUCGCAUGGAACUUCUCCUUCGUGCCCUCGAGAUAUGCAGGCUCAGAGACGCCUCCCAGCCGGCAAGUUCAUCCUCAUCAAUCGAUCGACCAGUCGUCCGUUCCUUCGUCGAAGCCGUUCUCGCAUCCGCCAUCCUCAGCCCAGAGAGCCGCGCGCAUCAUCGGGCUUGGCAGAAUGUUGCAGCAGCACGAUGUGUGAGCAACGAUUCUCUCGCAUCUCUGCUGAGCAACACUGCUGUGAAAACGACAUCAUCUCCGAAUGGUUUGACGAUGGAUAUCGGAUGGUUGCUUGAAAGCAUGUUGGAGAUCAUUUCGACCCCGGAUGUUGUGGAUGGCGCCCCAGAAUCAUCCAGAAGUUUGGUCAAUUAUGAAAAGCGAAGAUACCUCUCCUCGUUGAUCACAAACGUCACUGCACGUGUAGGAAAGAUAAAUGCCCGAGACCUCGAGCGUCUGAACGCCAUUGAGAAGGAAGUCAGGGCUGUCGAUUUCGACCAGAAGGCCAUUCGCGAGGAAGCCUACCGCGAAGCAGCCCAGGCAUCUGCAGGGCCGAGGCGUAGCCAGCGGCCUUUUCAGAAGAUCGUUGUUGCACAACAGGAGAAGUACAAACGCGACAAGUACCUUCGCGACCGCCUCCUGAAGGAGAAAAAGUUGGAACAAAGUCGUACCCACAAGCGCGAAGAUCAGCUUUCGAGGGCUAUGCAGCCCCGACGUAAUAUGUCGGACGCGCAGAAGCAGCACAGGAACAAAAAGAGCGUGUCCUCCGCCUUCAACUUCUUGCAGUUCAUGCGGCCAAUAUCGAGCGCGUUUUCUCUGGAUACUGUGAGCGCGCCCGGUCCCAAACGCACAGCUGCAGAACUAGACUUUACUCCUACUCACAAACCGGCGCUUGUGUUGACGGUCGCGGAUGCUAAAGUUGCGAAGUUUAUCAACAAUGAACGUUCGUUCACGUUCCAGCUUGACACGGAAGACGGAGGGCAUUACUUGCUGCAGGCCAUUAGUCGUCGGGAGAUGAACAGUUGGAUUGCAAAUAUCGGGCGGAUGUCGAAGAUCGCUGCGAAACGCCGUCUGACAUGGUUAGGCGACUCACCGAGACCGCAGCUGGCUGAUCAUUUAUCAAGCUUGAUCGUGCAGCCACCCCAAGGCCCCAGAGCGGUUUUCGGCGUUGAUCUCGCGUCCCUCUUGCGACGAGAGGCACCAAAUGGCGAGCCGCAACCUGGUGCCAUUCCCUUCGUGCUUGAGCGUUGCCUCUCCGAGGUUGAGUCCAGAGGUUUGUCCGAAGUUGGCAUUUAUCGCAUUGCUGGAGGAGUUUCCGACGUCAAUGGGUUGAGAGAAGCAUUUAAUCGCGGCGAAACGCCAGUGGACGGCUCGACCGAUAUUUAUGCAGUAUGCGAUUUGGUGAAGUCAUGGUUCCGUGUUCUUCCCGAGCCAGUCUUCCCAUCGGACUCAUAUUUCGCGGUCAUCGACGCUGGCCAAAUGGUGGAUCCCGAGCAGCGUGUCACAACACUGCGUAAAAUCGUUCACGGGUUACCGAGAUAUAACUUUGAUCUGCUCAAACGAAUCAGCCAACACCUCUACGAGGUCACGGAAUUCGAGAGCCAAAACCAGAUGACUGCGCGGUCGCUCGCUAUUGUGUUCAUGCCAAAUUUGCUGCGCGAUCCCAAAAACGAGUUUGCGACACUCAUGCAAAACAUGGGCUCUGGACAACGAGUUACCGAGACUCUCAUUGAUCAUUUCCACCGGAUAUUUGACGAAACCGAUGAUGACGCUAUCCACGACGAAGAAGAAUGGGAGGCACCUAUACCCGAAGAAGAUGAAGAGGACGAGGAGGACGAUGACACCCGCCUGAUCCCCGAGGCCGACGUGACGAUGGAGCCGCAGGAGAUGGCCGACGACGACGCCCCAAGUCCUCCGGUGCCCGCCUAAUACGAAUGAUACCCUCCGAUACCGUUCACGACAACACGUCUCUCUGACAUACGUUCUUUCAACCUUUGCCUGCAUAGUUUGCUCAAUGCACGGACAGCUUCCCCUCUCGCUCAUUUUCGGACUCAGAGACGCAUGGACUGCAUUCCUGUGUGCAAUAUUGACUAUCCUGCUCGUUGUGAAAAUAAUAGUAUAUCCUUUCCUGCCUAACACACGAUCGUGGUUAUGGUCUUCAAUGAAACAUGCAACACGAGGCUACGAUUGCACCGGAAAUAGGCCAGUGUGAUACCGGCAGAACAACUACCAAAGCGCCGCACAAACGCUCGAGCCCAAAGCAGGCUACGAACAGUCCCGCGAGAGCGAGCGGCCCAUGAUACACGCUUGCUCGAGUUGAUGGACAGGUCGGAAACACUGAGCCAGACUGCCUGGAACAAUCGCUUCCAAGAUACAUGAGGAAGUCACUUGCUGACGACCCUCACAGCGGCUCAGCGGCGGUGAUAUAGAGUACGUUGUUUCCUCUUAUGAAAGUAUCGCCGUAUCGGUUCGUGACGCGUCCGUUAACGUGUUCUUCGGUCUGUUCCAGUGCGAUGUUCAUGUAUCCGUCCAGGCAUGACAGUAUGCCCCGGUAGUCGACCCCAGAACUCAAGCGAACCACGACGCGUUUGCCUACCACUCCUUUGAGGAAAUCGGUUGGUGACCCCGAUACGGCGGGAGGUGGAGGUGGAGGAGCCACCUCAUGAGGCUCUGCGGGAGGCGGAGGAGGAUUGGGCGAAUCGUCCAUGGUGUGCCGGAAGAGCAAGCCUGAGGCGAC